CUUUUCUCUCUUUUUUUCUAAAUCACAUAUACAAGGAUGUUUUGUGCUAUUUCUGGAGAGGCACCUGAACAACCUGUUGUAUCUAUUAAAUCUGGACAUGUCUUUGAAAAGAGAUUGAUUGAAAAAUACAUUUCUGAACAUGGCAGAGAUCCUGUCAAUAAUGAAGAAAUGACAGAGGAAGAUUUGAUUGACGUUAAAACCACACCUGAAACUGUCAAACCUCGUCCUCCCAAGUUAGCUUCUGUACCUUCUCUUUUAUCUGCACUUCAAAACGAAUGGGACAGUGUGAUGCUCGAGUCAUUCACUUUAAAGCAGCAGUAUCAACAAGUACGUCAAGAAUUAUCCCAUGCUUUGUAUCAGAAUGAUGCUGCGACUAGAGUCAUUGCUCGCUUAAAGAAGGAGCGUGAUGCCGCCAGAGAAGCUCUUGCAAAUGUACAAGCUCAUUUAGGUACAACAACAGCAACAACUGCAGCUCCAGCUGGCCAAGAAGAAUCAAUGGAUGUCGAUCAACCCACUUUGCCUGAUGAAGUGAUUGAAAAGAUGAACACAACGAGCGCAAGAUUGUCAGAGAUGCGUCGUGGAAAGAAGAAGCCACCAACAGAGUUUGCCUCGUUAGAGACCGUCAAGGAAUACGCUCAGACAUCAUCCAUUCCCUCACUCCACUCAGCUCGUUCAGCUGGCAUCACAGCAAUGGAUGUAGAUUCAACUGGAAACUUCAUUCUUACUGGUGGAAAUGACAAACAUGUUCAAUUAUACAAUAAGAGUGAAGAUAAAGUAGUUGUCAAUCUUCCUGGCCAUACCAAGAAGGUCACUGCAGUUAAGUUCAGAGGUCAAGAAGAAAGUGACUUGUUGCUCAGUGCUAGUGCUGAUAAACAUGUUCGUAUCUGGAUUCCUGAUGAAAAGAAAGCUUACAAGCUUGGUCACAACAUUACUGCACACAAGGGCGACGUUGUAGGUCUUUCAGUCCAUCCUUCCAAGGACUACUUUGUGAGUGCUGGUAGCGAUAGCAAAUGGAACUUUUACGACUUUGAAACCGCAAAGGCUAUUGCUGAAGUCACUGACAGCGAAAACCAAUCUGGUUAUACUUGUAUCUCGUUCCAUCCAGAUGGUAAUCUUCUCGGUGCUGGUACAAACGACUCUGUUGUUCAAAUCUGGGAUGUCAAGUCUCAGAGAAUUGCUGCCAACUUUGGCGAACAUACUGGCAAAAUCAAUGCUCUUGCAUUUUCAGAAAACGGAUACAUUAUUGCUACUGCCUCAGAGGACAAUUUGGUCAAGUUAUGGGAUCUUCGUAAAUUAAGCAACACAAAGACAUUUACGUUAGACGAAGGAUAUAAGGUCAACACACUUGCAUUUGAUGACUAUGGACAGUUCCUUGCUGUUGGUGGUAGUGACGUGCGCGUGUUCAAGGCUAAAGACGGAUCCCCCGUUACUACCUUCUCGGAUAAUACCUCAGAUGUCACCGGUUUACAUUGGUUGCCUCUUGCUCAAGGUUUAAUAAGUGCCAGUUUGGACCGUACGGUUCGCUUUUAUGGUCAAAGUUCUUAAUAAAUAAAAAAAGACGCUUUUUUUUUGAAGGGU